AGUAGGACGCAGCAAAGAUAAACGGAAUCAACCAUGGCCGUGACGAGCAGAAGCUUGUCUUCCUACGUUGCCUUGUCGUGCUGCUGCUGCCUGAUGGCGGCGGCUACACUUGCAGCUGCCGCGGCCAGUGAACCGCGGUACAACGCCAUGUUCAACUUCGGCGACUCGACGUCAGACACCGGCAACUUGUGCCCCGACGGCCGCCUGCUGGUUACGACCGGCGUGGUCGGCAUUUUCGGCCGUCCCCCAUACGGAGAGACCUACUUCGGGAAGCCCACAUGCCGGUGCAGCGACGGCCGGGUCAACGUCGACUUCCUCGCGCAAGCAUUGGGGUUGCCGUUUCUGACGCCGUCCAGGGCGCACGGCAAGGACUUCCGGCGAGGUGCCAACAUGGCCAUCGUCGGCGGCACCGUGCUUGACUAUGACACCAGUUUAUUCACCGGCUACGACGCAAAUCUUAAUGGCUCCUUGAAGAACCAGAUACAGGAUCUCCAACGGCUUCUGCCUUCAAUCUGUGGAACACCGCAGAAUUGCACGCAUUAUUUGGCCAAGUCCCUAUUCGUGUUUCAACUGGGGGAAAAUGACUACAACCUCCAACUGAUUAAUGGAGCCACGGUAGAUGAGGCCAGCAAGAACAUGCCCAUCACAGUGAACACAAUUACAUCAGGUUUAGAGAAAUUAAUUACACUUGGCGCAGAGCACAUCGUGGUUUCAAACAUUGCUCCGAUUGGGUGCUAUCCAAUGUACCUGUUCAUCUUACAGAGCGCCGACAAGAGUGACUAUGACGGGAAAGGUUGCCUCAGGAACUACAACGUUUUGUUCAACAGGCACAACGCUUUCCUCCGGAGCAGCCUCUCAAAGCUUCAAAACAAGCAUCGGCACACAAGGAUCAUGUAUGCCGACCUCUCGAGCCACUUCUACCACAUAGUGCAGAAACCCAGAAAGUUCGGCUUUGAGACCGUCCUCAGAAGCUGUUGCGGAAAUGCCGACGCACCAAACGGAUUCGAUCUGGGCGCCAUGUGCGGGAUGGAUGGCGCGAGCGUCUGCCAUGACCCAUCGAGCUACCUCUCUUGGGAUGGCAUGCACCUCAGCGACGCCGCCAACGAACGGGUAGCUAAUGGCUGGCUCAACGGCCCAUACUGCCACCCAGCGAUUCUGAAGUGAAGCUCCUUCCUAAAUGCGUGAACAAACAUCCGGAGAAUAAUUGCAUGCAUGUAUUGCGUGUACUAUCUUUUCCAAGAAUGUCCUAUGUACUGAAAAAUUAUGAAACAAUAUUGAAAUGUGUUGUUUCCUGGUGCUGAUAGAUGUA